AUGUAUUAAAGCAAAAUCAAUACUAAUACUGCUGGAGAACCAUAAUUCACUCCAGAAGACCACUUUGCUUCACAAUAUAAUGCACAGGAAGACAGGAAAAUUCAAGAAGAAGUUAUUUUAAAGUUCUAUAAGUUUUUUAAAACGGCUUACGAGAAGUCUAGAAUAGUGUAUCAGAUAUCCAUCAGUCCAUUAAGAUAAUUUAAGUACUAUAAUUUCCAGUUAGUUUAUAACCUCAUUACAAGCGAUAAUAUUCAUUAAUCAGAAAUAAGAAAGCUCUUCAAUGUAAAGUUUUUUUAAGAUUUGGUAGAGAAUUGCGAGUAGUUAGAAGUGAUUGGGCUUGCAUUAAAAUUAAAUUGUGUAAUAACAAUACCAUGGCUGACCAAUUAAUCAAUAUAAAGGGAAUAUCAAUAAUUCAAAGAUGAAGUUACUUAAUUCUUAGAUUAGAAAAUAGAGAAUUUAGCAAGUGUUAAUGAGCUGGAUAAUUAUUUUUUAACUAAUAUUUUAUAGUAGUUGGUUGAGUAGAAAUAUAAUUAGCAGAUAACACAAAAAAUUAAGUCGUAAGAUGUAAAAGACACCAAUAAUAAAAUAUAAACAAUUAUUGAAGAAAUACUGCUUUUUAAUCCUACCAGACUUUAUUCUAUUUCAAAUUAUCUCGUUAUAAUACUAAUCAAAUACAUGCUAAUCCUUCCCUCUAUUACAGAUUCUGAAAUCAAGCUUGUUCAAAAGCUCAAUUAGCUCAUAUUCUAAAGAGCUCUCUCUAGUUAAGAAGGAGAAUAAAACUAUGACGUUUCAAAGUUAACUGACAUACUUUUAUUCAUUUUUAAAUCAAUGAAAAUACCUUGGGACAGCAAAGAUCCUAUUCGCCCUAAUUAGAAUCUUCAUGUGUUAGUAGAACAACUAGCUUAAGGUGACUUAUUAUAUAAGUACUUUGAAUCCUACUCAUUUGACCUAAUAUACGUUUUCUUCAAUCCUGAAGACACAGUUAUUAUACUUAACAAUUUGAUUGACUGUGGAUACACUCAAGAUAUAUGCUUUUUAAUAUUCAACAUAAUCAGGUCACUAAGUUAAAUUAGGAGAUUUGAUGUUAUUAAAUAUGUCCACAAUGAAUUUAUCAUGAAAAAAAUUAUUUCUAAAAUAUAAUGUAAAAACUGUUUAAGAUAGACAGUAGGUUUAAUCAAAGAAACUCUUUUUGGUUUAGCAAAGACUGUUUAAUUGUCUGACUUAUAGAUGCAAACACUUAUCAAAUAAUUGGAUUUCGUCAAUCAUUUUAAAUAAGCAAUCAAUAGAGAAGAAAUAUCUUAUUUGUAUAAAUUCUUUUACUUAAUUUAUAUGAAUUAAGAUGUUACUAGAGGGCUUAGUGCAUAAUACGCGUAAAAACUAAAGGAAAUAGUUAAAGAAGGUAUUGACAACAAGCUAAUUGACAUAAAUGAAUAAUAUAUAAGGCAAAAAAUAGAGGAUAUGAAAAAUGUAUAUAAAAUGGGCGAUAAUAUUAUUGAACCGAGUUACUAACUAUCAGGUUUAAUAAAUGUAGGAAAUACCUGCUAUAUUAAUUCAUUCAUACACAGUCUUUAUCAUGCUUAAGCUUUUAGAGAGUUUGUUUUACACUACAAAACUGUGUUUGAUAAGUCAAAAGUUUUUUGCAACUUUCUUGAUCCAGUGGAGGAAAUAAUGAAGGUAUUUUUUAAAAUGUAUAGCUAACCAAUUUCUAUGGAUAUAGAUGCCAAAUAGCUAAAACUUUCACUUCCAGAGCCUUUCAGAAGUUCUAUGGAAAUGUAAGACUCUGGUGAGUUCGGGAGGAUGUAUUUGGACUAUAUAUAAAAUUAUUUAAAAGACACAAAUUAAAAUGAAGAAAUUGACAGAUUUUUCUUUGGUAAAAAGGAAAAUGUAAUUUAAUGUUAAUAAUGUAAAACGAAUUUUAGAAACACUGAAAAAAUACUUGAUAUUUAUGUAAACUUUUGCCAGCAAGCUUAUGUAAAAGAGAGAUAAAACUAUGAUUUGAUUUAAAUGAUUAGAAGCUCUUUUUAGGCUGAGACUUUUGACGAAAACAACGCUUUUUACUGCGAUAAAUGUAAUAAAAAGACUUCAGCUAUUAAGUCAGCUCUUGUUAAAAUCCUUCCUCCUUAUUUAACUAUUUAUAUUGGCAGAUUUUAAUAUGAUAAGCAAAAAUAAGAGAGAAUUAAGCUGCUUUAUCCUACCAAUCUUCCUCAGUCUUUUAAUAUAUAAGAUAUUUUUGAAAACACUUCUAUACCACAAAAUCAACUUCAAAAUUUCGAGUAUAAAUUAUAUGCAUUUAUCGUGCAUUUGGGCUCUCAAAUUGACACUGGCCAUUACAUCACUUACGGUAAAGAUUUAGAAUAACCAAACAGUAAUUGGAAACUCUAUGAUGAUAACACUGUUAUCGAAUAAAUCAAAAGCAAUGCAGACGAAUUAGUUAAAAACUUUGCUGAGUCAGAAACGCCUUAUAUUUUAUUCUAUGCCAACAAAAAUCAUAAGCCUAUAGAUCUGCACAGAUAUAUUAGGUCUAAAAGUUAAAUAUAUCAAAAUAUUGACAAUUUAGAUUUAAAGUAAUAAAUAUCAGCAAACGGCUAUUUUUACAAUUACAAUAACAACAAUAACAACAACAACAACUGA